AACAACCCGUACCGCAGCCGCAAGCAGCGGCAGGAGUGGGAGGUGAAGGCGCUGCUGGAGAAGAUCCCCGCCGAGCUGAUCACGCUGGACCCGGGGCAGCUGCAGCGCGUGGACACGGCCACCAUGGAGCAGAAGCGAGCGGAGCGCGUCGAGCGCCUGGGUUUUGACCCCCAAGCCAAGGUCAAGUUCCAGCCACGGCGGCGGGCGAAGGGCGGCAGCUCGACGGGCAGCUUGGUGGGGCGAAAGUGGAAGGUGGCCCACCAGGAGCAGCGGGCUGUCAUCCGGCAGAGCGUGGAGCAGCGGCAGCAGCAGAAGCAGAGCAGGACGGGGCCCCCCCCGCCGCGCACGGCGCUCGACCGCUUCAAGAAGCAGGGCUAAGGACACUGCCCCCCCCCGUGGUGUCCCCAACGGCUCGGGGACAUCCCUGCGGGGCCGGGACGCCCCCAUGGGGCGCCCCCCUCGUUAUUAAAGCCUCUGUACCCUCA